GCAGUCAGCAUUCAGCGAGUCGCAACCCUCCAUAUAGCACACUUCUCUCUCGGUACAACUCAGAAACUAACAGGCCGAAUACGUACCCUCUCCGAUGUCAUCCCACCGCCUUUUCCGCUUCCCCAAGCCCGCGUGGCUCAACAGCGCGAAUGCCCGAACCGCGGGCGUCUAUGCCGCUGGUGUACUCUUCGGCCUCGGUUUCUACACCCUAAUCGACAUAGCCGUGUGGUCCAAAUCCGCCAUGAACCCGUCCGACCCCCCCGUCCACAUCACCUUCGUCGACUGGAUCCCUGGAAUCUGCUCGGCGCUCGGCAUGCUCGUCAUCAACAGCAUCGACAAGUCCCGCCUGUCCGCAGACAGCUUCUCGUAUUCUGGGAAUGGGGUUGCGUGGAAGGCGAGGCUGGUGCUGUUUCUGGGUUUCGCGCUUUUGGCGGGAGGGUUGGCGGGGAGUGUCACGGUGCUCGUGUUGAAGUAUCUGGUUAGGGAGUAUACCUGGCCGACGAUUUGGUUGGGGAUUGGGAAUGUGGUGGCGAAUGGGUUGGUGAUGUUGAGUUCCGCGGUGCUUUGGGUGGCGCAGAAUAUGGAGGAUGAAUAUACGUAUAACCUUGCGUUGUGAGAGGAGAGGUGGCAGCAUGAUUGCGUCUUUCUGGGAGAGAUGGCAAUGCCGUUCACGGGGUUUUCCUUUGUGUCUUGGGUCCGACGGCGUGUUCUAUAUAUCCUUGUUUAUGGGACUUGUAGUAUUAGAUAGCUGGGCGUACUGGAUCGGAUGGUGAUUAACAGCAAAUUCACUAGUACAUCAC